AUGACGCUCCUCGCCCUCGCCCUCGCCGACGACCUCGCCAGCAGGGCCCUCUCCAUGUUCGACGCCCUCGUCUCCCAAGGCCGUCUGCAUUACGCCGCCACGACGCCCGAGACCCACCGCGUCAACAACUUCACCUUUGAAUUCCGCAUCGCCACGGCCCUCCUCACCAAGCCCCACAGCCCGUCGUCCACCUCGUCCGCCGCAGGCCGCCCCGAAGGCCGCAGCCCCUUCCUCGUCCCGGACCCAGCCUUCGUCGUCACCCCCGUCGGCGCCGCCCACGUCCUCGAGCUCAACCUCCACAGCGUCCUGCGGCCCUCGUUCGUGCUGCACACGCGCCUCUUCCGCCCGCAGACGGAGGACCUCGGGCCGGCGGACGUGCGGGCUGUGCGGGCCGUCAUGGCGCGGCUCGAGGGCCCCGGCGCGCGGGGCGCGACCAUGAUGAUCUUCAACUGCGGCGUCGCGGCCGGGUGUUCGCAGGGCCACAAGCAUGUGCAGAUUUUCGCGAGGCCGGCGGGGGGGCUUUUCCCUGACGCGGCUGCGUCGGCGGACGAGAUCGAGGAGCGCAUCGACGGGGUUCCGUUCAAGCAUUACGUGCUGCGGCUGCCGCGCGGGGCGUCGCCCGAGGCUGUCUACGAGAGGCUGGCGCGGCUCGUGACGGCGGCGCGGGCGGCGUUGGCGGCGUGCUGUGGCGGCGAGGCGCUCAAUGUCGUCUUGACGGAUCGGUGGGUUUGCGUGAUCCCGCGGAGGCGUGCCGGGAGCGGCGGCGCGGCGGCCAACGGGGCGGGCAUGGUGGGCAUGGUCUGGGUGAAGGACCGGGCUGAGAGGGAUCGCUGGGGGGCGUUUGGGUAUACGGAGCAUCUGGCGUAUUUGGGCGUGCCGAUUGGGGGGGUUCCUUUGGGUGAGGUGGAGGGUGAGGUGGAGGGCGAGGGUAGACGCUGA